AUGGCCUAUCACCUCGUGCUGGGUAAUCUGUCGGAGGAGGACGAGGAUGACUUUGAGCUUGAGGAGAUCGAUAGGCCAGAUCCGGAGCCUACCUCCAAGAAGGGCAACAAACGAGUGCUAGUUGACGGUCAACCUGCGACAAAAUCUUUGAAACGUGCAAAGAAGACAUCGACCAGCGCCGGCCCGACCUUGGAAGUAAUCGACGUGGGCGACGAGGACAACGACGAUGCUCAAAUUGCGGGUCAGGGUGGGAAGCGGGGGCCAAAAUCCAACACUCUUGAUCAUUUCCAUCCACCACGCGCGACUGUUAGCGGAUCCGGGGCGCGAUGGGAGUUCAUUUGCCGUCAUUGUGGAAAGUCAUCUACCGUCCCACGGAAGGUCAAGAAAGACAAGUCCUUCGACGACGAGGCUUCCAAGCCCUUUACCGGGAACCUGGCCACGCAUAUCCGCACUCAGCAUCUUGGCCAACCCACACCGACUCCAGCCUCUGUGUCCACAGGCCAGGAGAGAGAGCCUGGUGACGUGUCAUCAAAGAUCAUGGAGAGCUUCCUGCUACAGGGAGCGCUCAAUCCAGCGGUGCGCAAGUCCCAGAAGGGCUUUCUGCGCGUGUUUUCUGCUUGGCUGUUGGAGAAGGGUUUAGCGUUCACCACCGGGGAGAGUUUGGGACUCAAACGGGUCUUCCAGUACGUCGAUUCAAAGUACGGCCUUCCCUCCGACACCACUGUCCGUAACACGCUUGCAGAGAUGUUUGCGACGAUGCUCGGUCACGUCAAGUCCGCCCUGAAUGACGUAACCUCGAAGAUUGCGGUAUCAGAAGACACCUGGACAACCCGUUCCAUGAUCUUCACGUUCGCCGGCACGAUUGCAAACUGGGUAUCCGAGGACUGGGAGCUCAUUGAGGCGGUGCUGGACUUCCACCCAAUCGAGGAGAAGGGUCACGAAGGACUGUACGCAUCUGCCGCGCUGGCACAGCGCUUGGCCAAGCUGGACAUUCUCAAAAAGAUAUGA